AAUGUUUCCUUACCGUUGAAAAAAUGCAUUAUUAACCAUAUUCUUAUAAAAAGUAAAUAAAGAAAAUCUGACAGUCACGCUAUGACAAAUGAGGUUUUAUCUCUAAGUUUACUAAUACUGAGUAUUAUGUGGUGUGGCAUUGUCAUAUGCCAGAAAGUCACAACAUUCAAUGUACCUCACUCUGUUAUAUUAUCAUCAUGUUCAAGGGUUAUUUUAUUUAUUACAACUACUGUAAUUUUAUUGAGGCAUAGAACAUCUGGUGUCACUACAUCAUACUUGCUGUCGAUAUUUUGGUUGUGUUUCUCAUUAAUAAGUUUAAUUCUCCAUAGAUCUGCAAUAUUGAACUAUUUUGUUUUAGAUUUAAAACCUACAUCAGAAACUGUCUUUGUUUUGAGUAUGAUUGUGUACCCAUUUAUAUAUGUGCAGUUGAUUUUAUCUGUUUUUGCUGAUGAAAAAAGUUUAAAUUCUUUACAGGUAUAACAUUUAUUUUUCAUUACAUUU